UCAGAAGCGCUAAUACGUUUCGGUUGUGCUUGUGUUUACUUAGGAAAGCCUGGCUGCAAGCUGAAAUGUUGGUGUUCCUGUGUUAAUACGUUAACUUAGCUAACUGUUGAAUAGCUCUGAAUUAGGAGAGCAGUAACUACGUUUAAGGCUCAAUCUAGCAGAGACAUGAGUGAUGAUGCCAAAGGCUUGGAGACCCGGUCCAGCGGUGAUUUGUGGUCAGAGAUCUGCUCGGAUCUGCCGGAGCCGCCGGAGCACGGAGCUGCUGAUGAACACUUCACCGAUUCAUUCCAGCCUCAUUGUCCUGUGAGCAACCAGAGCAACUUCACCUCUCCUAGUAACCUAACUUCUUCCAGUCAGUGGGAACCGAUGGCAGACUCUGCAGUCUACAUCGCCAGCUUAGAGAACCGUUUGAAGAGGAUUAAAGGUCAGUCAAAUGAGGUCACAUCAAGGGAAAUGCUGCGCUCCUUGUCCCAGGCCAAAAAGGAGUGCUGGGACAGGUUCCUCCAUGAUGCCCAGACUUCAGAGUUAUUCCAGGAAGGAGAUCUGGAUCAGAGUGCUUUGGAGCAGCUGAAGCGUUGGUUGUCUCCAGAGCGUGUAGCAAUCAGUGCAGAAGAGCUGGAGUACCUCCUCUUGCCGUCUAAGAGCACAGAGAGAGCCUCACACCACCCAUCCAGCACAGGUUAUUCCACAGAAGAGCUGGACGAGGAAGAGUGUUCAAGUCCUGAGAAAUAAGUCACAUCAUUCCCCAAAAGACUGUAGUCACAUGACCAGCAGAUGGUCAUAUAUUUGAGAUUCAGUGUGUAGUAUCUGAUGGUGAAAAUCUUCAGAGGAAAUAAUGUUGUGGACUUUGAGAUUGAUUUUCAAACCUUAUUCUGUAUUUUAAAGGAAGAAAAUGGAGUAUCUUAAUAAGUACUCUGUAAUCUCCCACCGUACUUUUUCCUCUCUCUCGCUCUCUCUCGCUCUCUCUCUCUCUCUCGCUCCCCCUUUGGCUCUGCAACAUGAAUUAGAGUUCAAGAUAAUGAACAGUAUUAUGAUCUUUGUGUGUUUAACUGCAUAAAUGAAAACCUUUAAAAGGUUUAACAGUCUUUAUGGCUUUUCCUACCAGGGUUUCAAGAAAACCUGAAAUCAAAACUGUCCUUUUUAGUCUUGCCUGUUCAUGUUCUUGAUUGUAUUGUACAUUAUACAUGAGGAUCAAUCUCUUAACAAA